UAGAGAAUAAAAUCACGUAUAGAAAAUAGCAAAUAGAGGCGGUAUUAUAAACAAACACUUCCAGAAAAACUAAAAUAUGAUGUCCAUGAUCAAUCUUUCUAAUUUCUAAGAGAAAGAACGAAUCAAGCUUGUUCCACAAAAGCCACAUAGUAUAUCUAUUAACUUACAUGAAUUUUCAAUGUUUGUUGCCACAGAAUUCCCCAUGUUUGUUGCCACAUGGCAAGUUUUUCUUCACCCUCACUAGAAUGUGACUCUUCUUCUUCCUCUCACUAAACUUUCAAUGUACAUUUUAACGGUUUCACUAACAAAACUUUCAAUUAAUCUAUAUAUCCUCUAUUAAUCCCCCGUAUUGGUUAUCCACGUGUCAUCUUACUUUUAAUCCUCUAUUAAUCUCCGUAUGGGUCCCACCUGCUACCCCCGCCGGUUCGAUCCUGCUGCCCCGUCGGUUCGAUCCCUGCUACCCCCACCGCUUCGAUCCCUGCUACCCCCGCCUUUUCGAUAGCUCCUAUUACUCUUUUCACCGCUUCGAUCCCGUCGGUUGCUCCCCUUAUCUCUCCUCUCCUCUCUUCUCCACCCCUUUCCUUCGAUCCCCUUCGUCCCCUCGACCUCUCCCCUCCCUCGAAGCCCUAGCUUUCUCGAUCGUGGGGGGUGGGGUGCGGCCAUGAAUCUUGCGGGGCUCAGAUCAGUGGAGAACGCCCACGACGAGUCGAUCUGGGCGGCGACGUGAGUCCCUGCCACCGACUCCCGCCCCGCGCUCCUCCUCACGGGCUCCCUCGACGAGACCAUGAGGCUCUGGCGCCCCGACGAGCUCGCCGCGGCGGCGCCGCCCUCACGCGGCCACGCCCUCGGUGGCGUCGCUGCCGCCGCCCACCCCUCCGGCUCCCUCGCCGCCGCGGCCUCCCUCGACAGCUCCGUCCGCGUCUUCGACGUCGACUCCAAUGCCUCCGUCCCCUCCCUCGACGCCCCCUCCCCCCCCCCUCCUCUCCCUCCUCCGAGGUCUGGGGCUUGUAGUUCGACCCCAAGGUAUGACAGUAGGAGACAGCGCAAGACCGGCAAUAGCACAGCUAGCAAUUGAUGCGAUGACCGAGCUCAUAAACAUGGCUCAGCUUGAGGAGCCACUGUGGCUUCGAAGCCCCGACGGCACAAAUGAUAUACUGAAUGAAGAGGAGUACGCGCAGCAUUUAUCGCGGGGGGUCGGGCCAAGGAUAGAUAGACUGAAGACAGAGGCGACCCGUGUGACGGCAGUGGUUGCACUUGACUGCAGGCAACUUAUAGACAUCUUCAUGAAUGCCAAUAGCUAUGAAUCAUUCUUUUCAAGCAUUGUUUCGACGGCCUCGACUGUCGAAGCUUUUCCUGCAGAAGUUCAGGGAAGUGAUGACAAAACUCUGCAGCUGAUGAAAGAAGAGUUCCGGUUCCCAUCUCCUUUGGUGCUGAAAAGAGAAUGUGUGUUCUUAAGGUACUGCAAACAGCAUGGUGAAGGCCCUUGGGCCGUCGUCGAUGUUUCUUUUGACGGCCAUGGUUACUCUGAAAAAAUAAACACUGACGGUCGCGAUUACACCAAAACGACAUGUCGGAGGAGACCAUCAGGCUGCAUAAUCAAAACAAUGCAAGAUGGUUCCUCAAAGGUUGUAUGGGUUGAGCAUGUCGAGGUGGAUGAUGGAGGUGUUCAUGAGAUGUACAAGCCAUUUGUGAACUCAGGUCUAGCCUUUGGCGCAAGCCAGUGGAUCACAACUAUUGAUCGACACGUGAUGGCCAUUAACAAUUCGAUCUUCGAGUACAAUGUAGAUGCCGAGGAUGGGGACACCGUUCUACUUGGUGUAGCGAAGAAAGCCAUUGGGGAAGGAGGUGGUGUCGCCGGCAUGGACAGAAUAGGGGCCGCUGGAGAGGACAGAGGUGAGGGUUAGCGUUACGGCGCCAUCGUCGUCGCAGAUCGCCCCAUCCGCGACACCUUCUGCGUCCUCAACAAGGACGGCACCGGCAUCAGCUAUGGGCUCUUAUUUGCCUUUGGCCAAGUCCACGAUUUCUUCAGGAAGAUUGUCUAUCGGUUCACAUCCAAGGAUACAAAGUCAAUAGGUCCAAAUCCGAGUAUGUAAAGAGAGAAUCCGGAACAUCGGCCAAUUUCUUCUCUGACCGGUGGCAUCGCGGUAGAGAGGGACUAAACUGCCCCAAAAUAGAUUGAAGCUCACAUGUGCGAUGAAAUAUCUAAGCGAACAAUCUAAUUACUUAGCUUUAGGUAUUUUCCUCUUCUCUUUGUUAAUUUAUUAUUUGAUUCAUUUUUUGUUGAUUUUGUUAAUAUCUUAUAGCAAAUGAUUUAUCUGAAUAUUUUGCAAAAUAAUGAGAUGAUAGACCUUCUCUUUAACUUCUAUGUAGUUAGGAGUUUUUUAGGUUAAAUAACUUUUAAUUAAAAGAUGGACGAAAUAAAAAGGAUUGGAAGAAAGAAAAGUUAAGAUGAUUUCUUGCUAAUAUUAGUUGUGUUGUUACUUCUCACCCACAGAAAAAGAGAAAUAAUUGGAUCCAUACUUAGAUGUAGUUUCCAGUUAGGAUUAAAUGUGGCAAGUGCUAAUUUUUCUCUCAAAAUCAAAUGUCUGUGAUGUGUAAAAUUUUCAUUUUCUUUGACCUUCUUAUAUGAAUUAGUUUUCACCUAAAGUUAAAGAUUCUAGUGAAAACAUAUUCAGCAUUAUAUUGGAAAAGGAUUAACAGUCCUAAGUUGCAAAUAAUAAUGUAUCAAAUAAUCUGCUAGCCUGAAAGAUAACUUCAUUUUUCACCUCAUGUAACUUUUCCUAUGCAUAUAUUUUAGCUACUUCCUAUUUCUUAAAUAUGCUUUGUGGCCCAGUGUACAUUAUCUAAAACCCCUUCAAAAAUGUUAAUCAGUUAGGAGAAGAAUAUUUUCUAUAGAAUCAACUAAUGUUUCUGUAGUGAGUUUUUGUUCUAAUGUGACAUUCUUUGUAUUAUAUUUGAUCUCUAUAAGAAAAAAAAAAUAUUAGACUCAAACUUCUGAAUAAGUAUAGGAUGAGCAAAUUAAUAUUCAAUUUGCUCCUCCAAGUCCGUAUUUGUCAAAUCUUCAGAUUAUAUUGCAUGCUUUAGUUUCUUAAUUUUGGUGUUUUCUCAUAUAAAGAGAGUUUGACAGUUUCAUAUUUUUGCAUGAGGAUUUUAUCCUUCUUCACAGCCAUCGACAACUUUUGCCUAAACAAAGAAGAACUUUCGCCAGAAUUUGCAAGCUUUUUUGUAAGGCUUUUACAAUUUUUAAAUAACUUACAUCUUUGAGAGUUACAUGAUUUGCACAUUAGAUACUUGAUGAAUUGUCCGUAUAGGUUUUUAAUUUUUCGGUAAAAUGGUUGUUAGUAAAAUAAUUAAGAUGCUACUCUUAAAUUUAACAUUUAAAUGCUGAAAGUUUUUAAUUAGUUUGGUUCAGUUUUAAGCUUUAUUUUCUCUUUCUUUUCGUUUCUUUUUUUUAAUGAUUGGUGGUAAGUUUAUGAUUUGGGUCAAUAUUUGAAUGUCAGGACUUUACUUUUUCAGAUUAUUAGUAAAUGUUAACUAAAACUAAUAAUGUAUUCAAGUCUUCUUGAUUCACUAAUUCAUCAUUAAGUUGUGCUACAUGUGAGGUUGAGAAUGCCAACAAAGUUCGGACACUCCUUUUUAGUGCUACUCUACCAAACUGGGUGAAGAAGGUGUGUUUCAAAAACAAAAUACAGUGAAUGAAGGAGAUUACUGACAUAGUUGAUGAGCAUCUUGAGCUUGCUUCUUUCCUCGGAGGGGAGCUGUAAUGUUUGAUAUUUGAGAGUUUUUCAAGUAUGUCAAACUUUUUGUUGUUUAAAGUUGAAAUGUUUAAAAGUGCUGAAUUACAGUUGUUUUUGUUUAAUUUUAGCUUUAAGAGCUCUAAUUUUUUUAUUGCU